AUGAGCCAAACCAACGUCGUGGUCUGGUUUGGCCCGCUCCCGAGCGAUGCCGCCCUUUGCAAAUUCGUCUUACCUAGCGCCCAGCUCAAGUGGGUCCCGAUCGAGGAUGCCCCGGCAAAGGCCUUGCUGAUUGGAUCCUGCCCAGAGGUUAUGAAGGAUCUGUAUGCACUGGGAAAUGACAAAUGA